CGUCUGUAGUUUUGCAACGCGGGGCGUGCUCUCCACACAUACUACUAAUCCCUGGAUCCACUGAGUAGGACCAUGAUUUCUGGGACGGUGUUGCCAGGGGAAAGGUGGUGCCCGGGACCUGUUGGAAAUGACAGCUGAGGAAAGCGGAUUGAAGCAAAGGGAUCACAAAAACAGUAAAGAUAGAAGAUAGCGAAGAAAGUCCCUCGCGUCACCGCGUAACGGGGUUGUAGAGAUGGAGUCCCUGAUGAGUGCGGUGACUCCACGCUCCCCGGCCCCCGCCAAGAAACUAUCUGAGGUGGACUUCCGCUCAGGGGCGACCCUGGAGCAGCUGUCAGCACAGGUGUCUGAGCUGGUACUACUGGAGCAGGGGGAGUUUGGAGACCAGACUGCCUUAGAGGUCCACACCGCCAAGGACUUCAUCUUCAACAUGCUAGGCUUAGUCCAGAAGGUGGACCAGCGCCUGCCUGUGGCCAACGAGUACCUGCUGCUAUCUGGCGGGGCCCGAGAGGGCGUAUUGGACCUCAACCCAGAGGACCUGGGGGACUACGCCAAAGGGGCCGACUUUGACCUGGAUUUCACCCUGCUCGUUCCCGCCCUCAAGCUUCACGACCGCAACCAGCCAGUCACUCUGGACAUGAGACACUCCCCACCCUGCCACUCGUGGCUGAGCCUUCGCCUCUGCGACUCCAGCAUCCUGUCCCGCUGGAGCAUCUGCUGCCAGGAGGAGAAUGGGCAUCCCACCGAGGAAGAUGAGGAGGAAGGGGAAAUGAGUAAAGGCUCCAUCCCCUCCCUGGGCUCCCCUCAGUCUCUGGAUGGAUGCUACUUCUCUCCCACCUUAGUGACAGACUGGUUCUGGGGGGUUGUGAGUGAGGCUGUAGAGGAACUGAGGCGCAGCCCCCAAAGAGGCAUUCCCACCCCUGACCGACUGGAGAGGAACGGACCCCUUACUACCAUUAUCCUCCAGGCAGGCUCGAGCCGGGUGCUAUACGACCUUCUGCCAGUGGUGUCGUUUCGAGGUUGGCCCGCUGUGGCCCAAGGCUGGCUGACUGCCAACCACUUCUGGGACGGUAAAAUCACAGAGGAAGAGGCCAUAUCUGGCUUCUAUCUGCUGCCCUGCUGCUCGCCACUGGGUGGUCGGCCUGACAGGGAGUGGAGACUGGCGUUCUCACGCAGCGAGGUUCAGCUGAAGAAGUGCAUCCCCUUCCCCAUGGCCCAGGCUUUCCAAGCAGCCAAGGCCGUCCUCUCUCGCAUCCUGGCCCGUCCGCGUACAGGCCUCAGCCUCUACCACCUGCGCACCCUUCUCUUCUGGGCCUGUGACCGACUUCCUGCUGCCUACCUGUCCUGCCCCGACAGUGACACACCUGGCCGCCUCCUCCUGGGUCUCCUGGACGACCUGGCUCACUGCAUCCUGGGUAAAAACUGUCCAAAUUACUUCCUGCCCCAGUGCAACAUGCUGGAGCAUCUGACAGACAGCCAGGCGCUGCUCGUCGCCAGGAAACUGGCUCACGUGCGCUCGGAUCCCAGCGAGCACCUGCGGGCGGCUUUGGACCAAGCCCAGCAGGCAGGCCAGCUGAAGAAGGAGCUAACAACAAGCACCAACGGCCACAACUCCCCCGGGCACCACCCGGCCAAUGGCAUCAUCUCGCCUUCGGAAGACAAGCUGGCACAGCGACUGCAACAGCUGGUCACAGAGAACCCUGGGAAAUCCAUAUCCGUCUUCCUCAACCCCGAUGAUGUCACCAGGCCUCACUUCCGCAUUGAUGACAAGUUCUACUGAUGCAGACGUGCUGCAGGGAAGACGUGUGUGUGUUUUUAGCUACCAAACACACUUUUGAUACCCAGAAAGCUGCGUGCACGCCGCCUGUUAACCAUCCUGCGGCGAUGAAGCCUUGCUGCUCGACUGACUCUUUAAACCAAAAACACUCAUUUCUCACUACUGAAAGCAGCGUCCAGUUUACGAGACGUUGCAUAAUAGACAUGAUGUCACCAAGCUGUUGCCACGGAGAUGGCCCUCUCCUAAUGAGCUGGCCUUAACAAGACUUAUCAGCUGGUGCUACAAAGACAAGGGCCGGGCUUUAUUAAUGAGAAAAAAGUCCAGUGGAGGUGAACAUAGAGCGUGUGUGUGUGUGUGUGUGUGUGUGUGUGUGUGUGUGUGUUCGCCCAAGAGUUUUCAUGCAUUACUUACACUCCUGAAGUCAGCGGGAGAAAAGCUUCAUGAUUGCUGCAUUUCUCCUUUUUUUAUUCCAGAUCAGAGUGGGCGAUAGCUGUGUUGGAAAGGAAAAACAAGGUGUGGCUGAUGUAACUGAAUGUAAUGUUGUAAGGAGAACUGCCGAGUCUUUAUAAUCUCUCUUCUCUUUUAACUACACUUAAGACCCUUUUUUUUUUUUUUUUUUGACCCUCAUGCCUCAAUUUAUGACUUUUUUUUUCCCCUCUCCUCACUUUUUUCAAAAAUCUUUCUCAGGUAUGCACAUCGCUGUUUUUGUAGGUACACGAUUAUUGUGUUUCAUGUCAAACACAUUUCACGGGGGUGAUGGAAUGUACCAAAGAUCUACUUUUGAGCAGUUUUGCAAAGACAAACACGGUUUAAGAAACGUGUCGACAAUUCUCCAAUUCUCGUCAAACGUUGAUGAAUCCGCUCAGUCACGGUCAGAAUGUCGGGUUGCUUUUUAUCCUUUGAAAGUCUCGGUCACACCAGCGUGUAAAAUGGUGAAAUUUAGCCCCAAAUCAGAGUUAAGAUUUAACGUAAAAAAAAAAAGUGGAAUUGAUGCUGAGAUAAAUUAAAUAAGCGCUAAGGUUGCACUGGAACAAGAUUAUCAUGGUGCGGUAACAGUCUAAGAAAGUAUUAGUUUCAAAAUAUGAAAUUAGAAGCUGCAAUAGGCCUUAAAGGGAGUCUGAAACUAAAAUGUCUCCCUUUUAAAAACCAGAAAUAUGUAUAUCUGGAUACAAUUCGAAGAAACUGGGAGGAGGGGAAAAAGGAGCAUAUCUUUCAAAUAAAAGCUGAUGAACAGCAUAAAUGGGGUAAAAAAAAAUAAAAUGCAGGAUUUUUUUCAGUUCUCAUAUGAGGGCUACAAAGAGAGGCGAUUGCUUUUUCUUUCGAUACCAAAAUCUGAGUAGAAUAAUGAGAACUGUCAGUUUUCAUACUGUGGCAUAUCAGGAAACCUGUUGAUGUUUCAGGUUGCUUCUGGGAAGCUUUUGUAGCUCUCUAGCUGUGGAAACCGCUCCAAAAAAAACCGUGCUUGUAAAUGAUGAUGAGAGAGGCCAGGCAUUUUGUUCUAUUAGUGCUCGACUUCUAACUGACCGACUCUCAGCUGUUAGGAGCUGCUUUUUUCUCCUCUUCAGUAAAACUCUUUAGUGAAUUGGUUUCCCAAAAACAGAAUCAACACAGUAAGAAGAGACAUAACUGUUGUUCCAUUAUGCUGCUGAAACUAGUAUAUAACAAUAUAUCAGGAAUAUGAUUUUUUUUUUUUUU